AUGGCGUCAGAGCUGGAGCCACCACCUGUGGGCUGGCAGUGCCUGAAGGAGAGGGCAGUCUGGUCCCUGCAGCGGCAGCAGCAGCAGCAGCAGCGCUGCGGGACAGUGCACCCGCAGCGCGGUCCCAGGACAGACGGCAGCUCUGCCUCUGGCUCACCGUGUGUCCGCGGGCCGGCCCGACGGCCCGAGGGCAGCGGGGUCGCGCCGGUGAGGCGGCGGGGGUCCCGGUGGGCCAGCUGCCCCUCCUCGCGAGGUGGCCGCAGCCGUGCGUGUCACCGCGGCUGGAGCCCGCCCCUGGCGCCUUUCGGCGCGCGGGCUCGGCCCCCUGGCGCUGCCGCCCCGCCGCCCGUGGGGGUCCCGGAGGCUCUGGGGCGCGCGGCGGGCGGGGCUGGGGGACGGGGAGGGCCGCGGACUCCGGGCCGAGAGGCGGCUCGGCUCCGCGCCGGGGAAAGUUUGGACGUGGGAAACUCCCUCCCCGCCCGCCCCGCCGAGAGGAGGGGGCGCGCGGGGCCGGGCGCGGGCACCCGGGCUCUGCUUGCGGCUGGAGGCUCGGCCCCCGAGCCCCCUCCGGGCCGCUCCCGCCGGCCGGGGGGCUCCCUCCCGGCUGCGCAGCCUCCCCUCGGACGCGAGCCGGCCACCCUCCCGCUGCCCCCGCGCUCUUACCUCGGGGAGCGGCCCGGGGCUCCCCCCAGCCCUGCCGCCUCGGGACGCUGCGUGGGGCGGGAGAGCCGGCGCGGGAGGACGAGUCCGGAGCCCGGCGGCUGCCCGGAGGAGCCGGAGGGAGAGCGGGCGCGAGAGAGGGAGCCGCGGCGGCGGCCUCUGGUGGAGACUCGGAGAAUGCAGCGCCCGCCGGGCGGGAGCGCCGUGCCGAGCCGCAGGCAGCCGCCGAACCCGGAGCCCGCAGCCGGGGGGCCCGGUCCCCCGGAUCGCGCCCCUCCCCCGCCGGGAGCGGCCGGCCUUUCCAGCCCGCGGGCAGCCCAGUCCCAGGAAACACCUGGGGGAGCGAUUGACGAAAGCCAGGGGGUCAACCAAGAGCCCAUCAUUGAGCCGGAGGGACAGACUCAGGCCCAGUCACUGGCAGGGCCCAGUACCACAUGA